AUGACUGAACUUUGGGAAAAAAUCAAUCAAUUGUAUAAAGGAUGGCACAGAACUAUUAUCGUCAAAGGACAUGGAAAUUUGAGAUUUGAUCCAUUGAAUAAAUGUCCUCCAGGGUAUUUACAACAACAAUUUAAAGAUGGCGUUGCUUAUUGCUAUAAAAAUAGUACAACAGUGGAAAAACAGGGUGCUCCAAUUGGUACAUUAUGUGGCGGUCUAGCACGUGCUUCGUGUGGUGGAUUGGGUCCAAAUAAAUGUCCAUCAGGUUACAGUGUGUCAGAAGGAUUGACAUGUUACAAAAGUGAAGCAACUGUAGAGGACGCAUCAGGAACUGUUGGUGGGAAUAUGGGUCAAAAUGACAAAGCUGAAGAAAUUUUUCAAACGUUACUUGAUCAUCGGAUGGAGGACGAGGAGAAAGGAGCAAUUUAUCAUGAACUUGCGAUGAUCAAAGAUAAGCAAGCGAAAUAUCGUGAGGCGCUCAGCUUCUACGAAAAGUCUCUUGCUAUUAAAGAGAAAAUCUUUCCUCCGAAUGAUUUUCAUUUAGCUGUUUCUUACAACAACAUCGGUUUGGUCUAUUUCAACAUGAAAAAUUAUACAAAGGCGCUUUCAUUCCAUGAAAAAGCUCUCGCCAUUCGACAACAAUCCCUUCCUUCAAAUCAUCUGGAUUUGGCCAUGUCGUACAAUAACAUCGGUUUAGUGUAUUCAAACACCAAUCAUUAUUCGAAAGCACUUUCAUAUUACGAAAAAGCACUUGAAAUUGCCCAACAAUCACUUCCUUCUACUCAUCCUCAUUUAGCUGCAUCCUAUAACAACAUUGGUUCGUUGCAUGAAAGCAUGCGUAACUAUUCAAAAGCACUUCCGUAUUACGAAAAAUGUCUUGAGAUCAAACAGCAAUCACUUCCUUCAAGCCAUCCUGAUCUGGCUUUAUCUUACAACAAUAUUGGAUUGUUAUACGAAAAGAUGAAAGACUAUCCAAAAGCCCGUUCAUUCUUUGAACGUGCUGUGUUAACUGUACAACAAUCAUUACCUUCAAAUCAUCCUUGGUCGCGAGAAAUGAUCAGCAAUUUUCGACGUCUAAAAGCGAUACGAUAA